AUGACGGACUUGCUUAGUUCAGUGCAGCUAACUGUGUACCUUGGGAAACGAGAUUUUGUGGAUCAUCUUGACCACGUGGAUCCCGUUGAUGGAGUAGUGCUGGUGGACCCAGAUUAUUUAAAAGAUAGAAAAGUGUGGGUAACUUUGACGUGUGCAUUUCGCUAUGGUCGAGAAGAUUUGGAUGUUUUGGGGCUAUCCUUCCGAAAAGAUCUCUACAUUGCUACAUUUCAAGCUUUCCCCCCACUGCCUGAGGAAAAGAAACCCUUGACACGGCUACAGGAACGACUGGUGAAAAAGCUUGGUGAACAUGCCUACCCGUUUUUCUUCACGAUUCCUCAGAAUUUACCAUGUUCUGUGACCUUACAGCCUGGGCCAGAGGAUACAGGAAAGGCAUGUGGGGUAGAUUAUGAAAUACGAGCAUUUUGUGCUAAAACUCUUGAGGAGAAGAUCCAUAAGAGGAAUUCUGUGCGCUUGGUUAUUCGAAAAGUACAGUAUGCACCUGAAAAACCAGGGCCCCAACCAAUGGCAGAGACCACCAGACAUUUUCUUAUGUCUGACCGAUCCCUUCAUUUGGAAGCUUCAUUGGAUAAAGAGCUGUACUACCAUGGAGAAGCAAUUAACGUCAAUGUGCAUGUUACAAACAACUCAACAAAGACUGUGAAAAAGACCAAAAUAUCAGUACGACAGUAUGCUGAUAUUUGUUUGUUUAGCACAGCUCAGUAUAAGUGCCCUGUCGCUCAGUUAGAACAAGAUGAUCAGGUUUCACCAAGCUCUACGUUCUGCAAAGUAUACACUUUGACGCCGCUUUUAUCCAACAAUCGAGAGAAGCGUGGCCUGGCACUUGAUGGAAAGCUGAAGCAUGAGGAUACUAAUCUAGCAUCCAGUACCAUUGUCAAAGAAGGUGCCAACAAGGAAGUGCUAGGAAUUCUUGUCUCCUACAGGGUAAAAGUGAAGCUUGUUGUGUCUCGUGGAGGUGAUGUAACUGUGGAGUUACCAUUUGUCUUAAUGCAUCCAAAGCCUGCUGAACAACCCACAUCCAGGCCACAAUCAGCUUUACCAGAACAAGACUCACCUGUCGACACAAAUCUGAUAGAAUUUGAGGCAAAUUACCCUCAUGAUGAUGACAUUGUGUUUGAGGAUUUUGCGCGUCUGAGACUGAAGGGAUUGAAGGAUGAUGAUGAAGAUCAUUUCUGUUAAAAUCCGAGAUGAAGGAAUGGAAAAAUAAUGAAUGUAGAUGGAAUAAUGCAAAGAAGAGCAGAAGGAGGACCAUGUCUGCGAAUCUGCUCAGCUCAGUAGCAGAUUUGAGAGUUUCUACUUGCUUCAGGACGGGCUGAAACAGAUCCAGUGAACCUUUUAAGGAGGAUGUUUUUUUUAACAUUUCUGUCCAUUGUAUCUUUUUAGAAUGUUUAUAGACUAACACAUUGAAGUUAAAGAAAACUGAGGCGGGAGGUUGGGGUUGGGGAUGGGAUGAAAUGAAAUUUCAUCAUAAUUUUAAGAUUUGUCUUGUAAAAUUUAUGUUUAGAGAGAAGUCAGUUUUAUCCCAGUUUUACUAACACUGAUCAUCUGCUGUAUUUUACCCUUUUGUUAUUCUUUCACGCUAGCAUUUUUUUUAUAUAACUGGCAUAUCGAUAACACACAAACCUCUGAGGGAACAGUGUACAAAAUUUGCAUGUAAGACUGGAAGUCUGUGUAUGGCUGUUUGUCUUUGUUCCCUUCAUUUUAAAUGGCAGACUCCCUGUCUGGUUAUGUAUCUUAUAAUUUGCUUCAUAAAUUGAAAAUGUUAAUUUACAUUUGUGCUUGUGCUCAUGCACACUUUUACAUUUGCAUUUUACUGUUCUGUUGUUAGAGCUGUGUACGCUGCUAGUCGGUGCUAAAUUACCUCUUCACAGGCGGGCGAUGAGUAGUAGACUCUUCGGGAAGUGGGAGGGGGAGUGAGAGAGACAGAUUUUGAUAAUGUAGGGGGUGGCUUUGGUUUAAAUGUGUAAUAUUGCAUUGAAGUCCACAUGAUCCAUGUUACAGUACAGGUGAUGUAGGCUGCUAGCUCCCCUGUCUCCAGGAGUAACAGUAUUAGGAAUUGUAAAGGUGGCAGAUCACUAUUUUACUGACCUACUGAAGGCAGAAUGUUUAACAGCUCAGAUGUGAAUGAGACUUUUACACAGUGUCCCAGGGUUCACUGCUAACUGUUAAAUGUUUUUUUUCCUGUGAUAUUGAGCCAGAAAUGUUUUAAUAUUUUAUACCAUCUCGGCAGCUGACUGGCCUGUCUGUUGCUGGGGACAUGGAUAAAGGAUGGUGUGGGACUGCUAAUGGUUGGCUGAAACAAUGCUGGGGGUGGCUGUUGAUACAUACUGCUUUACCCACUUUUUCUAAAAUGUAAUGAAAACAUUUUAUGGAGGCACUUCCUAGACCUGCUUGGGAUGGGGCAAAUCCCUGCCAGCUUGGAUGAUAGGUACUUGGGAGUCUAGGAAAUGGUGGGUACAAAUCAUAUGUGCAUUUAAAUGGAGAUGGCAAAGGAGGAGGAUAUAUAGGAACUUUUUAAAAAAUCCCCUCACCAGUUAUGUUAUAAUAAAAUAAAACAUCAGUAGUUAAUGUCUAUGUUGAUUAUCCUUUGUUAGGUUUAAUUAUUUAAAUUAAGAAUGGUGGGCAGGAAUUUACAAGAGUAAGUGAUAUAUGGUUAAUUAAUCUGCAUUAAUGGAGUUUUGGAGGGUACCUUCAUGAAAACUAACAAACACUUUGAUGGACUUUGCCAACUACAGAUUGUUUAUGUUUAGAAAUGUGUAUGUUCAGUGCUUGCAGCCACCAUCACAUGGCUUAUCUGAGUAUGAGCUGAGAUUAAAUUUUAUCCAAAUUUUAUGAUUUUCUUUCUGAUGACCACAUUUGCUGAAAGCAGAGAUGUGCGACUCUAGAGCCACCUUGUGUUUGUAAAAUUUUCCCACCAAAUUUCCUUUUUUUUUCCCUUUCUUUUUUUUCUUUCUUUAUGUGCCCCCUUCUCUAAUCAGUACUCUGGUUCCAUUCUUUAUCAGUCAAAAUACUGCAGGCUGUGACCAGCAUUUGAAUGUUACCUUCUCCUGAUCAGAUUAUGACAUAAUACAACUACAGUUGUAGCCAACAUUCUGAUGUGCCUUUAUGAGUAGCUUUUCUCUAUAAUCUGAAAGGAAGUUCUUGCUGCUCUUAUUAGGAUUGCUGAAUAUAAAUAAUCCUUGAUAAACUUUUUCUAAGGCUGCGUAGCUAUGGAUCGUAUAGGUAGGAUUUUCCCACAUCUUGAGAUUAGACGACACAGCUUGUGAUGUAUUUCCAGUCACCUUUUACUUCUGCUAGUUGCCUCAUUUUUUUUAAAUCAGAUUUGGCUAUUGCCUUAGCCUGAAUAGGAAUUUUGAGACCUUCUGUUAACUAACCACUGGGCAUAAUUGUGAGUUAAUACCACCAUUAAACUUUUGAUGGUAGAAAAUUGACGUAGUUGUAAAAAAAAAAAAAAUCUUGAAGUACAUAGUUCACCUGCUGUGUCAUUUUGUUACUUAGAUUGUCAUUCAGUUGCACAAAUGAAAACAUGUAUGCAUUCUUGUUAAUACUUACUUGUGAUUAAUUUGUUUGAAUGUAUCCUAUGAACAAAUGUAUUUCGAAAUCAGUAGCACUAGCCAUGAUGCUGCCCAAGUGUGUGUGUUUUAGACUCCAUACAUCAUAUGGGUUAUGAAGAUAAAGUAAAAAUGAUUCUGUUUACA